CGAUUUCAAACAAUCUAAAAGCUGAAAGCACUUCACCGCCGGCGGCAUAUUUUCCUCGAGACAACGUACAUAAAGUCGCACAUGUUCGCGCAAUAUUUUAUAAAUAAAAUCGCAUCUCGCCUUGAAUGAGUGGGGAUCGGAUGAGAGCGAAUGAGGCACGAUGUUUAAAUUAGAGUGGAGAUCAUGCAUCGCGGAAUGAUGUUCGGCCGUAUGAUCAAUCAAUCAUAGUGACCUCCGCGAACAUUGUUUUUGCAAACGCGCGUUGACAUAUUUCGCAAUGGGUUGCGGAAGUGUUUCACUGAAGAUUCUGAACGGGAUAUGCUUAUUUUGGUUUACGGUUGCUGGAAUCGGCUUGGCAGUUUACGGUGGUAUCACUACGUAUCUGAUCCUUCUCACUAACAGUCAGCAGGUUAUCGCUGAGUACGGAACUGUUAUACCCUCGGUGCUGACGGUGAUACUAGGCACGUUCCUCAUCAUCUUCAUCUGUUUGGGCUGCUGCGGCAUAUGCAGGGAGUCCAAGGGAUGUUUGGAAACGUACUCAGCAUUUCUGUUACUACUAGCGCUAGCUCAUCUAGCAAUAGGAGGAUACUGCGUGUACACCUAUCAGAACUCCACCGAGUACACGUCCAGUUUACGCCUUCAGAUGGCGCUGGACGUAAUGAAAAAUGUCGAAAACUAUAAAAGUAAUCCUGGUGCGAUGGAUGGCGUACAGUUUUGGUUCACUUGCUGCGGAGCCAACGGUCCUAGUGAUUACAACCGGUUAGGCUUACGCGAUCUGCCCCACGACAAUGCUUAUCCAGGAUCCUGCUGUACCAAUGGUAAAAUUUGCAGCAGGGACGCUGGAGAUCUGCAUACUACUGGCUGUGCUGAGUUAGUUUAUGAAUUUACACAAGUUACCAAUAUUUUUUUGGGAUAUUUGUCACUUGCUGUCGGAGCUACCGAGAUAUUGGCAGCGCUUCUCGGAAUCUGCCUAUCAUGCUGUAUAUGGAGAAAAUACAGAUCCCACUGGAGAUAAGUAGGUCGCAGCAGCAGAGGAUGGAUCGAUAGGGGAGGAUAGAGCAUAAUUGGGCCUCGGAGGAGCGCCGCGAUGCAUCUACAAUCUAAAUUGGAAGCACCAUUCGAAGAUCUACGACGACAAUAAUAAACGCGAAAUAUUUUUACUUGGACUACUUUUGUAGUCAGGGCGAUGCGCCAAAUUAUUUAUACAUAAUCGGCCAAAGACUUUUUUGUACGAAGAUUGAAACGCACAAGCUGUUGGAGAAGUUGUUUUUUAAGAUUUAGGUUAAAAGGAGGGAGUUGUUUCUUAUAGGUUUGAAGUUCAGGACAACACAGAACAAACUAUAAUCUAUUACCCAAUAAUUUAUUUUUAGUUAACUGAAUCUUAUUCGUAUUGAAAUUUUUCGAAAAUAUAUUAUUUAUAUUAAACUUCUAUAUUAGGAAAAGGCAGUAGACAUGACUUUUCGAUUCAGUUGUAGACCUAAGGGUUUCCAGGUGGUAAAACAGUGAAAUAGCUAAUAAGAACAUCUGUAUAUAUUCAAUAUUCUUUGUAAAUGUUCAAGGUUCAGAUCCCUAGACGCGCAAAAAUUGGUACUGAAGGGCAUUUUGAUGUUUGUACAGUAAAUAAAGCAGAAAGGGAUUUGCUGCUUGAAAUGUCAUGGAAGGACAAAGAGAACCAACCGCAAAUUGAGAAACUUUAGUCAUAUACUAAUAUAGGGAAGAUGAGCGUAAGGGAUCGUUUACCACUGUGCAUUAGGAGUAACGAAAGACGAGAUGUGAUACUCUCCUCUAUUUUGGAGCUGUUGACGAUUUUUCAGAGUUAAUCAGGAUAAUGCAAAAAUAAGACACGUGUUAGCCCAACUGCUUUUUAUAAUCAAUAAUAUCGCCACUUCGGUUGAUGUAAACACACCCUCGCCGAUUAUGCAUACUCAUCAAAUACAAGCUAGUGAGAUGGCGCGUGAAAGCCUUACAGGGUGCCAAUAUUCCUGCGUCUAAAAAAUAUGCGAGAUCAUCAUCUAUGCGAAUUUUUCACAGCUGUGCUUUUUCUCUUCGCACCAAAUAGAAGCCUACUUCAAAAGGUGUCUCAUAGAUUGUGCUGUAUCUCACUGUAUUAGCAUGUAGCUUAUAUUUGGCUACAGCGCCAUCUACGAGACACUAACAUUUCCUAAGUAGGUUUCUAAUUAGUGCGAGGAGGAGAAACAUGGCUGUGACAAAUUCUCAUGGAUGACGAUACAGUAUCUCAUUGUAUCACGGAUAAUUUUUUGGACGCUGGCAGUAUUAGUUUCGUUAUUUUCAGGUAGAAUACAUCAGUAUCGUUUUUAUAUCCAAGUUUAUGUCCAGAAUUUAAACUUAAGCAAUCCUUUAGAGAGCAUAACAAACAGCAAAUACAUUAACAAAGAAAUAUCCAAACCUGCAUACCAUACGAUAAUCAUAGCCUAUUUUGCUCUAUAUUAUACUCAAUAACAUCCCAUUUCAAAUCUUUAUUUACUACAUUUUCUGCAUUUGAAGAACACUUGUCUCAAAUGGAAUAAGCAGGUUUUAGUUAGAAAAAGGAAAUGAAGUAUUCUUUUCAAAACAUUAAAGUCACUUCACAUAGCCAUCAUCAUAAUCAUCGAUUUAUUUUUUAGCACAAUAAGGUAAAGUACAUCAUUAAAAUGAUGAAACACGCAGUAAACACUAGUUGAUAUCUUUUUACUAAAUCAUAUCCUCAAAAGCAUCAAUGAUCAUUUUUAUUACUACUUUGUCGUUGUUGUUACUACAAGAGGUCUAAAUACCUACCUGUUCAUGAACUUUUAAACAAUAUUGAGUUCUUCCAAUGCUUACAAUAUAUCUUAUUAUACGUCAUAUAAUACCUGCCUCACGCUAAACGAUAUGUGAAUCUAUGUACUUAAGCACACUCUAAGAUUAUCUCUUAUACAUACAACUAAAGGCUAACAAAGAUGCACGCAGAAAUAUUUAAAUAUACUCAACGAACGGUAAACUUUUGCUACACUGGACCCGUAUGUUAUGAACUGUAAAGUUUAAUACUGUUAUUGAAAUAUAGAGCCUUUAAAGCCGCUA